AUGAUCUCAGAGACGUACGCACAACCCCCUCUCUCCCUGCUCCCCCGCACUUUUCCCCCUGUGUGUCAUGUCUGUGUGUCUGUCUGUUUGUCUGUCUGUGUGUAUGUCAGUCGUAUGGAUCCGGCCCAGCGCAUGAAACACCUCAAGGGCUGCUGCCUCUGUUCGGCAAUCCAGCUGGCCGACCAGUUCCUCCAGGCACGUGUGUGUGCGUCUGGGGGGUUGGCAAUGGAUGAUGAAUGGCAUUGUGAACCGACCCAUGGAUGGACGGAUGGACGUGUAUGUGUGUGGAUGGUCAGGUGGAGGGCUGGGAGCUCGACAAGAACCUCUUCAAGUGCGACAUCGGCAAGAGAGACGUACGCGAGAUGCCACACACACACACAUACACAACACCAGGACACACACAGAGAUGUCCAUGCCAUAUCCCUCCCUCCCUCCCUCGUGCGUGUGUGCGUGUGUGUGUGCAGCCGAUCGACCCCACUAUGUUGGACCAGCAGCAGAAGCAGUCGGUGGCCAAGCCGCCACCCCUCGUCGUCGACCAGAACAGCAUCAUGGCCGUGUGCGUCAUCCAGGAGCAAGGCGAAAGACAGCUCGGACCCUUCCUAGGCGCACUCAAAACGCAACUCGACACGUACGCCACACACACACAAACACCCUCUCUCUCUCUUUCACACACACGGAGGGAUGGAUGGCACAGAGGGAUGGAUGGAUGCCCUCUCGUGUGUGUGUGUGUGUGUGCGUGUGUACAGUUACCGCGUGCGUGUGGCCUCUGAGCCAUUCUGCAUCCCGGUGGGGGGUCGUGGCAGGCCCGAGGACAGGUGGCGAGAGGCGGCGCAGCAGGGCGUCGAGAGGAUGCUCCAAAUGGGCAACAUGGGCCCCAAAGAACACGCUCUCGGGUACACACACACACACACACACACACACGUGGGGGAGUGGGAGAGGCAGAGAGAGAGCUGUGCGUUGACUGCAUCCGUGUGUGUGUGUGUGUGUGUGUGCAGUUGUCUGCUGCUGGCGAUCAUCCCGGACAGCCUCGAGAAGGUCGUCUACAAGCCCAUCAAGAACGUCCGCAAACACACACAUACACUGGAGGGAUGGACGGGCGGAUGGGAUGGGGGGAUGCGCUCCCUCCCUCUGUCUCUGUCUGUUGUCCUCAGGUGUGUUACGUGCAAUAUGCCGUCAGCUGCCAGUGCAUCAAGCGCGGCACCAUCGAGAAGAAGAUGACGGUGGGUACCCACUGAGUCAAUCGCGCACUUGGCCAUUGCUCACACUCAUCCCUCUGUGUGUGUGGUGUGUUGAUGCCAUCGAUCAACGCAUCGCAUCAGGUGGUGGCUCCCAAGCUGGUGACGCAGAUCAUCUGCAAGAUGGGCGGCCACGGCUGGUCGAUCCCGGCCAUCAAAGGUGAGAGCGAUGGGGCGAGUGACACACAGCACAAGACACCACACCGAACAACACGGACCCACACAAUCCCCCAUGCGUGUGGCGUGCGUGUGUGCAGAUUCCAUCAGCCCGCCCGACAAGGGGCCCAAGCCGACAAUGGCCAUCGGCAUCAACAUGGGCAAGUGCCUCAGCAGCGCCAUGUGUGCCUUCACCGCAUCCGUCAACAUCGAGUACGCACCCAGUCAAACACCCCCACCUCCCCCCACCGCCCAGCCCAUUCACCAUUGAGGUGUGUGUGUGUGUGUGUAGGUUCACGAGUUACGUGUCGGUGGUGGAGUUUCUGCAGCAGGACGACCCUGCCGUUGGCCGCAAGCGGAGCUACAAAGAGAGGGAGGCCGAGGCGUUCAAGUGGUGCUUUCCCAAGUUCGUCCAGGCCUUCGCACGGUCCAACGAAGGCAGAAAGCCUGCGUAAGGAGGACUCACCACACAAGGAACAGACACAGCAGACAGACGGGCAAGCUUGUGUGUGACUGUGUGACUGUGUCGGUCGGUCAGCCGCAUCAUCAUAUACCGCGAUGGCGUGCCCGAGGCCGAGAAACCCGACUUCUUCAAGUGAAUGAGUCAUCGCAUCGCGGCCAUGGAUGCAUCUCUCUCUCUCUGUGUGUGUGUGUGGUCAGGUACUACAUGAAUUCAGGCAGGAAGGGCGAGCCCGGCGCGAUCCCCACCGCACUCGACCAGCUGCGGUCCCAAGAGGGUUUCGAGAACUACAACCCUGCCGUCCUCCUGUGCAUCGUACGCACACCACCACCCACACACACACACAACACCCGCUCACAUAGUGGAUGGAUGGAUGGAUGGAUGACACACCCCCUCCUCCCUCUCUCUCUGAAUAUCUAUGUGUGUGUGUGUGUGUGUGUGGUGCAGGUGAGCAAGCGUGGCCCGGGUGCUGUGAAGUUCUUCCAGAUCACCGGAGAGGGCAGGGACGGCACUCCACAGGUAGGCGCCUGAACGACUGAGGGGGGGGUGGGGGCCUUCGGUUACAUCCGUUGUGCUGUGUGUCUAUUUUGUGUUGUGUUGUGUUGUGUUGUGAUGUGUUGUGUGCAGGUCAGGAACCCGCCCGAGCGUUGUGUGUUCGAUCGUGACGUGACCUACGACUACAAGUUCGACUUCUGUAAGCACCUUUGUUUGCACCCACACGCGCAGCGCACCCACAGGCAUACGACGUAGGUAGACGUGUGUGCAUCCAUCUCCCUCUGGAUGCAUGUGUGUGUGUCUCCAUGAUGUAGACUGCUGCCAUCAGCGCGUCACUCAGGUACGCACGCACAGCAGACAGACAGACAUACAGACCCAUGGAUGGAUGGAUGGAUUUAUGCCACCGAGCAGGGCUCCAUCACGCCGACAUACUACGACGUCUUGUACAACGACUUCAUCAUCAAGAAGGAGGGGCAGGAGGGCGGCAUGCAGGCAGCCAAAAUUCAGGAAUUCACACAGCAAUUCGCGUCCAUCUACCAGAACUGGUACGUUGGCUGGAGGAGUGGGGGUCGUCGUAUGGCUGGCUCUGUGUGUGCGUGUGUGCGUGUGUGUGUGUGUGUGUGUGUUCAGGCCGGGUGGCCCGAUUCGGGUGCCUGCGCCACUCAUAUACGCCGCCAAGCUGUCAGACAUGGUGGCCGACCACCUGCGAGAGCACUUCAACCCACGCCUCGAGAGCUUUCUGUUCUUCCUCUAA